AUGCAAGAGGAUGAGAGCAACCUAUUGCAGGCUCUUCAUAACCUCAUUGAGUUUGAGCUGAAGGAGAGUGUUAAUCCACAUAGGUAUUUACGAAAAGGAAAAUGUGCCUUCAGCAUAAUUUUCAAACUUUUUUCUGAGGGACACUUCUCUGCAAAGGUCUUCCUUACUGCUACCCUGUAUGAGCCCAUCAUGCAGUUGCUGCUGGAGGAUGAGGAUCACCUGGAAAGAGACCCAAGCAAGUUAACUGAGCAUUUUUCUCCAGCACAGCAGGAGAAACUGUUUGGGGUGAAAGGUAGUAAUCGUUCCAAGUGA